AACGCGGGAGCGCGCAUUCCGUGUGAGCGGUCUUUGGGCUGUGGAAUGGCGGGAGGAUUCGUAUGGGGAAAAGUGGGGCUGAGCUGAGCUGAAGCCAUUUAUGCGGAGCUCAGGAAGUUGAAAGCGGGAGUGCGGGGACUGGUAGCGUUCGGUUGGAAAGAGCCUGUGUGUGGGACGCUGUGAGGGCUCUUACAACACAAGGCGUUAUAGGGUAUUCCAAACACUUGCACUUCUACCUAUGUCCUACCAGCUCUGAAAAGCGAGGUUAAGUUUGGUUAUUCGUGUGUGGAAGAUCUAGGAAAACCAUGGCAACUGGGGAUGUAAAAGGCUGUAUUCGAAAGUUAGAACAAAGACUAAGAACACUUAAUUACCCUAGGGAUGUGGACUAUUCAGGAUUGAUUAAAGGAGAUCCUUCUGCAUUCUUGCCUAUCAUCAGUUACACAUUCACAUGCUAUUCCACAAGCAUUGCAGAGAUUUUGAUUUCUUUGGGUAUAGAGCUCGCAACUAAGAGCGAUUUGAGAUUUAUUGAAGCAGUCUAUAAGGUUCUUAGAGAUGUUUUUAAUUAUAAACCUAUAUUAACAAAACAGCAAUUUCUUCAGAGUUCAUUUUCUGAACGGAAAAUACAAAUAAUAUGUGACAUUGUUGACUGUGUUGUGAAGAAACACAAGGAAAUCACCGGUCAGAACAAGAUCAAGAACCAGCCAGUUAAAAAAAUUGUUUCUGCUAAAGAUCAGUGUGAAGUUUUUUAUCCAAAAGACAUGUUUGUUCAACUAUCGGUGAAAACAGAAAUGUCAACCCAGAAAAAGCCACUGGUUGAGCGUCAUACAGGCAGUGAAUUUCAGCUGCAGACUAAAUGUUAUAAGUCAGCACUUUUGGAAGAGGCAGAGGAAGAAGAACCUACUUCAGAUUGUGAAGAGGACAGUCAUUUGCAACGUGAAAUUGGCAGCCCAUUUGAAACCGCGGAGGAGACUCCCAAUUCAGAGCAGGUUGAAUUACUAAGGAAACAGCUUGCUGAAUGUCAAGAGAAGCUUCAACGGCUUGAUUGUGUAGAAGAGAGACUGCAAUCUUUAGAGGCAAGUUUGAAAGGAAAAAUAAUUAUUGAUGAGACAGACUGGAAUAACCUCCUCGGCCGAGUCCUCCUUCUGGAAACAGAAAGACUAUUGCAGUCAAAAAAGAGUGAUUUACCUUCUGAGUUUGCCCGUAUUAGUGAGCAUCGUACAUCCAGCAGAAUGGCCAAUGAGAUCUGUUCAAAUUUAAAGACAAAGGCAGAUAUUCCAGAGAGUCAUCAUCAGUCGUCUGGAUACAGUUCUGUGUUAUCUGCAGACACAUCUCCCAUAGCUAUUGACAUUAAUUAUAGCAGCUUGACAGAAGAGUCGAAAGAAACUACAAAGCAAAGAAUGGAAAGAAUAACUAAAAUGAUGGAAGAAACAUCAGAGCUUUUAAAAUUUUCAAAUAAUACAUCAUAGUUUAUCCCUGGAUCUUUGUAAAAUAGUAAUUAUAAAGCAGUAUACAUAAUAUAACUAAACUGUGGAUAAACUUUAUGUAAUAAAUUAUUUUUGUAAUGAAAAAAAAA